AUGCGCUCAGCCGUACUCAUUUUCGCCGCCGUCGCCGUCCGAGCUCUGGAUAAUUCCACCUUGGGAAUCAGCCAGGAUGCCACAUGUGGAAGUAGCGUGAUGCUGACAUGCCAGGGCUCAGCCUUUGGCGACUGCUGUUCUAAAAAUGGCUACUGCGGCUCGGCCUAUGACUAUUGCGGAAAGGGCUGCCAGUCAGGCUUCGGCUCCUGCGGCUUCAACUCGACAGUGACAAACUCCACCUCGCCCUCGUCCCAGCAGGUCAGCCUCGACGGGACCUGUGGAAACGGCAUCACCUGCCUGGGCUCAAGUUUCGGCGACUGCUGUUCGCCCAGCGGCUGGUGCGGCAGCUCCGACGACUACUGCGGUUCCGGCUGCCAGCCCGACUCUGGCAUGUGCGGCGGCGCCAUGAUCGGCAACACCACCGCAACCACCCCGCCUCCCGCGCCCACCUCGGCACCCUUCUCAAACUCAACCAUCAUCGCCAACACCACCACCGUCCAGGAGACCUGCUCCGCCGGCGCCUGCACCGUGUCGCGUGGCUCCAUCCUCUCGGGCGACAUCUACUCGGCGUGUGGCGGCACCCUCGCGGUCAAUGGCUCGUGCCUCUGCGUCCUGCCCAAGGGGUCGGCGGCAAGCGAGGGCGCGAAUGGAACCUGUGCGACCUGCAUUCCGACCGGCAAAUUUUGCUACACCAGUAAGCAGUGUUGUGGUGACAAGAAGUGCGUUCCUGUGAUCCCCAGGGCCAGGUCGGGAACGUGCAAAUAA